AUGGCCCUCAACUCCAUAGCCAAGUUUAGCUUCAGCUGGGUGAAUAAUUAUAAUUCAGCAAAAUCCCAUUUGGGUUUUGGCUCUAACAAGCCUAUUUGUGUCGCUUUUGUUAAGAAAUCAGUGAUCAGGCCCAGUAAAAGGACUUACCUUUUUUCAGUUUCUGCCAUGGGCUCUUCAUCUUCUUCACAGAAUCAAGAAAGCAUUCAAGAUUCAGCGAACAUGAAUUUCAGAUCUAUAAGCGAUGAAGAGUGGAGGAAAAGGCUCACUGAUCAACAGUAUUAUGUUACUCGGCAAAAAGGCACUGAGAGGGCUUUUACUGGAGAAUAUUGGAACACCAAAACCCCUGGGACUUACCAUUGCAUUUGUUGCGACACUCCAUUGUUCGAUGCUUCUCUUAAGCUGAAACCAAAAUAA